GCCGCCAGGGCGCGCGCGCGCAUGUUUUCCUCCUUUUUUUCUCACCAGCAGUCGUGUCCAAUAUGGCGUGCGUGUUGUGAGCGAUGUUAACGUGCAGGUUGCCCCCUGCUCUUGAUACUUGGAGAGAUCUUUCUGUGAACAAGGAGAAUGAUGUAAUCGCAGCAAAAUAAUAGCCGAACAGCAAUGUACAAUGAACUACAGUGGAAAUAUGCCAGAUUGGCAUCAGUAUAAUCCCCCGCAGUCAGGAAUAAACGGCGUGACAUCGACCGCUCAAAAUGUCAAUUCGGGACACUUGUCGUUCAUCUCCAGUAUUAGUCCGACCUGCCCGACGCAGCUCAACGGCCUGAAUCUCAGCUCGGACGGACUUGAGAAGCACCAGAACGACCCCAAUUUCAAUCCGAGGCACUUUCAGCCGGCACAUCUGCCGAGCAACAUCUCGCACGGCCACAAUGCCGCCGACGGCAAUCCUCUGGCGUCGAUGGUGCAGAUGCAGAACUGCAUCGGCCACUACGGGCCUUCGAAUACGAGAAAUCCCAUGGUGGACAAUCUGAACGGGCCUAUGGACCCGCGGAAUGCCGCGAUAGGCGGCAUAAACGAGGAGCUAGGCUACAGAAACAAUCAGGUGCCUUUGAACGGGCCUAUCUCUCAUCUGAAUGGACCAAAUGUGAUGAACAUGAACGCGCCGCACGCGUCGCACGCGUCGCACGCGCCGCACGCGCCGAUAGGACCGCGAAACGCCAACGUCAAUUCGCAUGCCGCCGGCAGGUCGGGCCCACCGCCGUCCUUCGUUCCCUGCAAGGGGCUCUGCUGCAAUCCGGAUCCCAACAUAAACUAUCCGCAGUGGGAGAAGUACUGCUCUUACCAGAACAACGCGGCCUACAGGGAGAACGUGCGCUCGUCCGCCGGAUACCAGGCGGACGCCCGGCGAUUCGGAGGCGAGUACAAUUUCAGGAAGGACAAUUUCGAUGCUGGCAAGGAGAUGCUGUCGCCUAUGGUGCCACCGCCUAACGGGCCCAAUGCCGAUCACCGGCGGAACUUUUCCGACUUCAAGUAUCGCAAGGACCGCCUGCUCUCCCGCAGCUACCCGCCAUCCUCGGGCAUGGUGCAGAACUACCCCGUGCAGAGCUACAAUUACGCGGGAGAGUACCAGAAGUAUCCUUACAACGUGAAGGAGUAUUCCAAGAUGAGCGGCAUGAACGUGCCGAGCCAGGGGAUGGUUAAGCAUCCGGAGCAGGGCUUCGCGAUGCCGCAGCAGAAGUACAACAAGCAAGCGCCGUAUCAGACCGGCGGCGCCAUGAUGCCGACCAGCGUGCCGUCCACGAGCGUGCCGAAUCCGAGCAUGAUGCCAUCCGCACCGCAGAACACUUACUACAACUCGCAGUACCCGCGGAAUCUAACGGCGGACGCGGCGCACGACUGCCAGGAGGUCGCCGACAACGCGUCCAUGGUCAACAGAAUGCAGACGAAUGCCGCGACCAUGCACGCGCCCUCCCCGCGCUCCUACCAGAUGGUUCAGCAGAAGUUAGCGAUGAAGAGAUUCACGCUGGAGAAUCAUCUCCGGGAGCUGGCGAGGAUACCCGGCUACCAGGUUCCUGGUACGUUCCCACAUUCCCAGUACAAGGAGUGCGUCCAAAAGUACAGAGAAAUACUGAAGGCACAGCAGCCCGUCACGUAUCAGGGGCAGUUGCAGCAGACCCCGUGUGUCGCCGCGUCAACCGUCAAUACCUCCGCCAUUCCGCCGAUAAAUCUGCAAUUCGAUCAGAAUGGCGUUUUAAUCAAUUCCAACUACAUGCCCGAGGCCUUUCCCAGGGUGCAACAGCCGGUGAACACGCAGGCGCCGAUCAACCACAGCCCGGUGGACAAGCAGGGCAAGCAGGACGUCGUUAGCGUCCCCGAGAUGGCGAGUCGCAGCGUUCACAAGCCGGAGCAAUUGGUUUCUCAGCAGCACGACGGUCACCCGAGCGCUCUGUGCGCGGAAAGCAUGCAGAAGCAGGACCAGUAUCCCGCGCAGAAGGGUCACGAUCAGAAUCAAUUCCAAGUACAAAAGGCAGGCGGGAGCUUCGACAAUUUGGCUGGGAGCGCGAGCGACGCGGUUAUACAGCAGAAGAUGUCUAAAGAGUUCGCCAACAAGCCGGAACUCGACGUGCGGCAGUUUCUCGCCAAUUGGGACGAGUCGGAGGACGAGGACGGCGCGGGUGCCAGCGUUCUGCCGGGCGCCGUUCUGACCGACUCGACGCCGGUGGUAGUCGUGGGUUACGAGAACGUCGAUCUCUCGGCGAAGACGCUGGAGGGUCUGGAGGUCAGCAAACCGGAGGAGAUCGCCCCGAGCGUGAUAACGUUCGAGAACCAGCAGAAGAGCGUGGUGCCGGCGCAGGACUGCCUGACGAUAUCGUACUCGGCCGCGGAGAACGUCGAGGUCGCCAAGGACCAGGCGUGCAAGGACAUCGCGAAGGAGGCGGUCGUGCCACCGGGCAGCCACAUCAUACAGUGCAUAAGCAACGGACCUGACGAGGUGCCAACGAUACACAUAGUCGACAAUUUGGAGAUCGGUAGUAUCUUGCAGGUGACGAACGGUCAGGUCGCCGAGACUCUGGAGACGCAAGACGCGGUGCCGUUCUUCCAAGAGGGAACGGAGGUCGAGGUGGCGGCGAUAACUCUCGAGGCUGACAAGUUCAAGAAGACCGACGCCGCCGGCUCGGCCGAGCCGGUCGCGGCCAAGUACAACGCCGAGCUUGAAAACCUGAGCAAGGAGGCGUACGUCGAGGGUGCCUCCCCGCCGAAAACGGCGGAGAGUACGUCGCAAGCGUCGCGAAUAGGUGACCAGGAGAUCGCCGUCUUGCCCGCAACCGCGAAGGACUCCGCCCGGGACGCGAACCUGAAGAAGCAGAGCAGUUUCGCGAGCGAGGAGUCUCACAAUCCGGACGACAUAAGCCUGCCGGACCUCCCUACGUCCGAGUGCACGCCGAUCUCCACCACGCUGAACACGCCGAUCCACUCUGACAACGAGGAGUCGUCGGAGCGCGUCGAGGAUCUCACGAUAUCGACAAAUCCGAUUGAGAUUAUGCAGAACAGCCCCGUGAUCAGCUUCACGCAAUCGCCGACCAAGGGGGAGCCCUACGACCACCUGAACAGCGAGGGGACCGUCAGGAAUAAACCGGCCGAUUCGUUGGACGGUCGAUACCAGGCCGAGAGUCGCUUCAAAAACAACGGCGGCGAUAACAACAUGCUCGGUCACGAUGCUAUUCUUAAUACAUUUGAAUUUUCCGCGAAUGCUGAUAAGAACGAGCCUACGACGUCCACGAAAAGCGGUAAAGAGCGUGCGAAUUUAAAUGGGAUUUCCGCUCCGGCAAACAACGGCGAAAAACCUUUCGCGCACGACAACAAAGCGGAAACUGUGGAGGCCACCAGUAUGCGCAUGACCCUGACCUCCGGCGAGUAUGAAUUAAAGAUCGUGUCGAUGGGAGCACAGAAUAAAUCGCAGGUUUAUAAAAAUUUAACGAGCGAGCGCGGCACUAAUGAAUCUCAAGCGGCGACUCCGGAUGCUCAGAAAAUAUCGCAGACAGAAACGCGCGCGAAAGUCGCGCUGUGGUACAGCGACUCGACGAAGGAUAACGCGGCGCAGGGUGCCGAUCCCGACCCUGUCGAAUUCGCCGGCGACCAGGUUGACGUUAACUAUUCCGGAAAGAGGCGUGUAUCGACUGAUAUGACCCGUCAAGCAGCAAUGAGUACGGCAGGUUUGUCGCCGACGAACAACACCGCUCCGAGGAGUUCCAGGACGGAAGACGGCUGCGCGACGCAGGUUGUUAAUUCGCCCACGUCGAAACAUCCGGGAGGCGAUAAGUUGCGGAAACCCGAGACACCGUACGCGAAAGAGAACUUUCCCUCGGAGAGGAGCGCCAGCGGCGAUAGAUCAGCGAGAGUCGACGCGAAGGACUCGAAGGGCUCUUGGUACGCGAAGCUCGCGGAUCGCAGGAAAUCGAUCUCGAGCGAUCAGCCGGUUUCUCACAAGAAGAGAUGUCUGUCGGAAAACGUGACUGAGAGAUGCGGCGAGACCAUCGUACAUCACAACAAACAUACUCAGGAGGCGGCGGCGCGCAAGGAUAAAUCCUGUACUGUCGAGAAUCCCAAAGGAUCCGACAGCGGCUCGCAUAAUAAACCGAGAGUGAUCGAGAACAUUAGCAUCGUCGACAGCGAGGAAAGGAUGCGGCUUCUAAAAAAGUACAGAAGAAUAAAGUAUAACUCACUUAGAGAGAUUCACGACAAGGGCAAGGAUACGCAGGAGGCCUUGGAUUAUGUCGCGACUAAGAAGAGUCAUCGUUCGUCGAAUCCCGACGAGCGGUCCGCGUCGCAGUCACCGUGCGACAGCCAGAAGGACGUGGCGAGGCUCAAGUCGUCCGAGGAACAGGAGGGAAAGCACGCGAACAUCUUGAAGACGUUUGUAACUAAGAAUAUGAACCCCGACUUCGCCAUUCAAGUUACGAACGUCAAUCUGAAGCUCAAGGAUGACGACCAUCAGAAAGGACAGCAUUUGAGAGAAGAGGCCAAGAGCAGCGGCUCUCUCGACGCGAUCAAGAUUGAGAUCAACGUGUCGUGCACGGAACGGAACACAACGGAGAAAUUGCUGCAUGAGAACAUCAAGAACGCCGUCGCCGAGACGAUCGGCCACUUGACCAACUCGAUCUCGAACGGAGCCCGAUCGAAUUCGACGAGUCUGACGGAAAUUCAAUGCGACAAGGCGGACCGUCGGGAUUACGAGAAGCGCGCUUCCGAAACGGAAGCGUUUGCAUAUAACGAAGCUCACGAGGAUCACAGCGACGCAGAAAUGAAGCUCAAAUCGACGUGCAAGGAAGACGCGAACGGCGAGUCGCUUGUUUCGAAGAAGAGGCGUGGUUCGUUGUCGGAGCAGGAACAACUGAACGACGAAGGUAACGGCACGCUUUCAAAUACCCGCGCGGAACCGUCCGGUUGCGAUGUGAACUUGCGAGACGACGCUUUUUCGAGUAACGUCAACACCGAAUCCGAGCCGGCAUCGAGCGCCCUGAAAGCUUCAAGAUCGGAGCACGCAUCGGUCAGAAGGAGAAGCGUGCAGCAAGAGGCAGAGAGGAAGGUCGCUGCAACCAGCUUCUGCAGCGAAGAGCCGAAAGACUCUACGGAUAACUCGCCGUACCAAGGAUCGAGGAGCGUCAACGUACAGAAGAAAGAGCAUCAGGAAACGGCCGUCGCCUCUUCGUGCAGGAGCGCGAGAAGUUUCCAAGACGAUCCUACGUCCAGAUUAAACGCGGUUCCGUCCACUUCCUCGGGUACGGUGGAGCCCAGCUUGGAAGACACCAAUUACGAUAAUCCCGUGCAUUUUGAUUACAAUCACUUCGACGUGGCACCGAACGAGAGCCCGGAUGCCGGCGACAGGCGCGCAGACCGAUGGAAGAGACCGAAGAGAGACGACGGUAGAUUCGGCAACUUCGACCUGUACGGGAGCACCAGCGGCUACGUGAACCCGACCUUCUUUAGCGCAAACAAGCUGGAGAACCUAAAUACAGUUCCUGUGUACACCACGAAAGACGGAAAGAUAACUUACAGCCCCAAUCCGCGAUUCACGUAUCGCGAGUUAAUUAUGGAGGCUCGCGCGAAAGAUAGCCACUCCCGCGAACAGUAUUUCGUGAGAUCGCCGUCGUACGAUUAUCACAAUUGUUCCAAGUUACGGAAGACAAUCAAAAGAAUUCGCGACGCUGGUAGGAAAAGGGAGAUCGACCUGGCCGACGCGAAGUCUGCGGCAAAACACGUUGACUAUUUGCCGAAUAAGAAUGCCGCUCACAAAAGCGUCAACUGCGUGAAAGCUCGAGGUGCAUCGCAUUUGGAAUUCUUCAACGACGACGCGGACAAGCUGUACGCGACUAAGAGCGCUCAGGAGAGCAAGGAGGGUGGCAAGAAGAACAUCGUGGAUCUGGACUUCAUCGAGAAGCAGUACAAUCUGGACACCGAGCCCGCGCCCGGUAUUAAACAUUGCAAGACGAGAGUAUUCGCGGACAAUCUCGAGUACGAGAAGGAGUACGGCGAGAGCUCUGUGUUCAGUUCAAAUUUAUUUCUGGAACCGAGGGCCGCGUGUUGGGAAGAGACGAUGGAGUCAAUUAAAUCGUAUUCCUCCCACAUCGAUAGGAGGAACACCGGUAACGUUAAGGAAUUGAAUUUUAGCGAGAUAUUUGUCGCGCAGAAACGACUGGAUCCCUUUCCAUUUCUGCCUGUAGAGCGAGACCCUUGUGACAAUGUCGAUCUUAAAGCGAAUUGUGACGUAACGAAUGAGCCAACAUUGCAUCACGCAACAUGCAGUUACAUCGACGAUCUGCAGUCAAUGCGGGAUGACGAGUCGCAGCGUGAACAGUCGGACGCUGUUUUGCGCAAUGAGCGGGAAAUUGGAUGCAAUAAUCAGAGCGAUGCGUUAGCAGAUGUUACUGAUAAGCCAGUAAGUGCACUUGAGCCAUCGCCGAGUAUGCAAAGCGAUGAGCGCACGGAAAAGCAAGAAUCUCGGUUUGACGGAGACGAAUCUAGCGCGAUUAAGCUCGCUGAGAGGGCACGAUCGUGUUCUCCUAAAGUAGCGGAUGAGAAAAUUCACGAUCCGGAAGGAGACCGGUGUUCUGCGAGUUACGUUGACGACAAGGAUGCUUCAACGGAACAUUUAGUGGAAGAGGAUUUGCGCCCUCGUUGCGCUGUCUCGCCGAAGGACGAUAAAUCCGAUGCUGAGGUCGCAAAUACGAAAGAGAACUCCGAGGAAAAUUCCACCAAAGUCGCAAGUCCAUCUAAAUUAAACGACGAGCCCACGGAGACGCUUGACGAAUCAAAAAUUAUAGAAACUUUAAAAGAAUCUGCGCUUACCUCGAAUGAACGAGAUGACAAAAUUGAUUCGGCGAAACACGUAAUCGAUGAUUCAAACUCUGCCGUGAACCGGGAAACAGUAUGCCAGCAACAAGCCUUAUCAGACUCGAUCGAUCACGAAGAUAAAAAAGAAACUGCGCCUGCAACAGAAGCGAGUGUUUCAGCCGAGACUAGCUCAAAGUUCGUCACGAAGGUGGAUUCAUCUUCCAUUACGCAGGAUGGCGUAGCUAACAAGUCGGUCUGUCAUUUCGACCAAACGGAUGAACAAGACACGCGUGACAGAGGAGAUUCUGCGUUAAAAAAGGACGAACCGGUUGCCUCGGAAAAUCCAGCUGACGUCGCAUUCGUGGAAGAAACACUUGACCAAGGAGGCAGCGAGCAGCGAGCGGCAAGGCCGGAAGACGAUGGACAAAAAGCUGAAGUCUCGUUGAAGGAUCGAGGAAACGAUGUAGUGGACGCUUCUUGUCCUAUGGCAAUUCCUCCGCCAGUCGUCGCGUUGAAUCUACGAACGGACGAGACUGUGUGCGAUUUGUUCGCGUGUGAGAGGCGCGAACAGAAUAUAUCGGAGUUCACCGUUAUCAAGAGCAACAUUAAAGGUGACAAGAAGCAGUGCCAGGAGUCCGGGACGACCGAAGAUCCCAAGGAUUGCGGUAGCAUAAUCGAUUCCAAAUUACUAUGCAUGGACUCUUCCGAUUGCGGGAUCUAUGUGGAGGACAGGUGCGCGUUGGCGCAGAUAUCCGAGCACGAUUUCACGGAGGACGACAGCAUGGUGCCGAUGGUGUGGGAGACGAGCCAGAUCCAGGAGGACGCUGUCAAUCGUCUGUGCAGCAUCGACGAGUCGUCCAUCAAUUUUACGAGCGCGGUAAAUUCGCUCCAGGAUAAUUCGCUCCUAGACCAUCUGUCCCUCUCGAGGAUGUCGACUCCCAAAGAGCCCCGAGACGCGGAGGUGAUCACUGAAAUUGAAGCCAAAGCGAUCGACGAGACGGUGCCGGCGGUCGAGUCGGCGGCAACGAUCGAGGAAUCCAAAGCGACGCCGAACAGCGACGUAAACAAAGAGCAGAAUGAAAUUUCUUCCAGCAGCUACGAGAAGAUAGCAUACUUGAGCGCGAUAGACUGCAACGCCAACACAAAGAUGGUCCCUAAACUCGUCAUCAAGAAAAGCGAGACUAGCUCAAAGUUCGUCACGAAGGUGGGUUCCUCUUCCAUUACGCAGGAUGGUGCAGCUAGCAAGUCGGUCUGUCAGCCGAAGAUACCAAAGAUGAUCAUCAGGAACGCGAGGUCUCGCCCGGGGACUCCGUCUAUCGAGGCAGUUCGCGAAGAAACUUCUGCUCAAGCGAAUAUCCUGGAUCGAACUACGCUCACGAGCGAGGACUUGUGCGAGAGCAACUCCGAAAGUCUUUCUCUGCAGGAGUUCAGCAGGAAUAAGAUUCCCAAGAUGAAAAUUAAAUUAGACGAGAAGCAUUCCAGUAAGAUAGUGCGAGCCGAUGACGACGCGGAGGUUUGCGUUAAACGCAAAAGCGUUAAGAAAACUGUACCAAAGGUGAAGAUAAAGAGCACCUCGAGAUCCGAUCUCGCGGAUAAUUCGGUAAACGGCAUGACUUCCCAGGAGUCGAGAGAUUCGGGGAAGUACGAGGAAAAGAUACCUAUACUGAAACUGAGGAAACAGGAAAGGAACAGGUCGUCGUCUCCAGAAGUGACGCGGAAGAGACAGAGCUCGAGCCAUUCGGAAUUGCCGGUCAAGAAGUACAAGAGAUCGGGACGCGAUGAGGUGGAACACUGUACGAGGCGCAGCAACUCCUCCGAUUCGGCGCGAACGAACGCGCUGGAAUGCGAAACGAAGAAGAAUCCCUCGGUACGCAUCUCCGAGAAGAUUCCCAAGGUGAUCAUCAAGCGGACGUCAGCCAGCGCGGAAUUCAAAUGUGAGCUGAGCAAGGGCUGCGAGAGCGUAAUCGCCAAGAGCGCCAAGUGGCAACCGGAGGUCAAGCUGGAAAGGUACCGCAUCCUGGAUAGCAUGGUGAAGGAUCUGAAGUUAACUCUGUCUCCCGUUACGUUACGAGCUAUCGACAGGAUAUCUGCGAGUCGCAAGGAUGGCUAUUGUCGAGUGCAGCAAGGUGACCAUAAACUGUCCAGGUCGAAUUCGACGUCCGAUCUGCUUCCGGCCAGGUUCAAGCAGAGGCGAAUGUCGGAUUACGACUGUAGGAAAGUGAGUGACGCGUCGAGGGUCGAUUUAAAUUUUGCGCCAUCCCCAGAUACGGAUUCUAAGGACACCAAGACGUGCACCACGCCGAAGAAGAAUGCGUCGUUCAAAGGUCACAAGUCAAUUGACGACAAGGACAAUAAACGUAGACCGAGAUCUCGUAACAAUAAUUCACGAUCCGAGACGGACGUUACGUCGUGCGAUAAAGAAAUCAAUCAGUCGUCUGAAAAAGCUGACCCGCAGAAAGCUAUCUCUCAAUGCGACAAGACUGAUAGUUUUGAUAUCAAUUGCGAACAAGCGAUAAAAGCAGACGAGGAUGCGAUUUCAAACACGCAUGGCCAGAAGAAUACUCUCAAACACCCGAGCAGCUCAAACUUCAAGCUUGCGUUAAAGGAAUUGAAGGCAUCGUCGAAGGUAGAGACCUGUCUCGCCAAGUUGCCCGGUCCGAGCGAGACGUCGCCCGAAGAGGACAAUUUACAAACUGACAAGGAGCGGAGGGAGGAGCUAGACGGCGACUCUUUCUUGAACAAGAGCCACGGUAAAGUCGCGAUAAAGAAGGAACGUCUGAGCUUCAGCGAUAUGGACAACGAUUGCACUCUGCAGGAUGACAUCGACUUGCUUAAGGACGACUCCGCGAGUAUGUUGGAUAAUUUCGAGAUAGAUAACAGCACCGUCAUUAAGGUCGAGUCUUCGGACGAGAGCCAGUCGACCAUAGAGAUCCUACCUGCUUCACCAGAUGUUAACCACAGCGAGCUGGAGAGGCACAUGGUCGAGGAUGGCGACACCGAGCAGCUGUACACGGCGGAUGCGAUUCCGACCCAGUUCGAGCUGGAGUUAGAGAUCACGGACAACAGCAACACGGAUCUUCUGGAUGUAUCUAUGCCGAAACUCGAUCCUGUCACCUAUUACAAUCCACAUCACGCAUCCGAAGAGUCAAGCGCAAAGUUGGGAUGUUACAAUAAAUCCGAGGCUUCCUCUCGCGAUAGGAAUUCGCUUGGCUUGGACAAACGUAUCUUGGAGAUCGAUAUUAGCGGCGACGGUAGACCCGCAUUGGAUAGCAGCUCGGUUGGCUCCGUUAGAGAGGUCCCCUCGAGGGUUCCGUGUUGCAAGGCAGCGGAUUUCGCCGCGACCAGGGAAAAUUUCUGCUGCAACGAGUCUCUGAUAAAGGAGGUCUUGGCGGCCAAGGAGACCUUGAAGAAGUGCCUUUCGAAGUCCAGAUACGACGUACAGAGCAGCGCGAUCGGUAGCGCGAGGUCUAAGACAGCCGCGGAGAAGAAGCAGGGCUUGAGCUUAAUUAUCAACAGCCUCUCGGAGGUGCCCUCGAGUGAGGUCUCUCAAGACCGUCAUAGUAAUGUCGCGCCUCAGAGGGGCUCUACACCUGUAGCGAAUAAACACAAGACUGAGAAUAUAUCUAAUGAUGAGAAGUCUGAUAAGAAACAUUCCAAACAAAGCAAAAGUUCCUUCGUGAAGAAGAAACCGAGAUCACCUGAGAAAAACGAAGCAGAUUCCAGGGAGACGGCAAGGGACACGCUCGGAUGCAAUACAAUAUCCUUGAGGACGUUUAAACAGCUCGGCCAGGUUGCGUCGAACGAGAGCCCAGCUUGUACCGUGCACUUGAAUGAGAAACGGAAGAAUCUAACGGGCCGAAGCGACGACGUUCCCCAUCAAGAUCCGCAGCGGAAAGAGAAGACUCGGAUGUCGACCUACAAAAUUCCCAAGAUAUCGAGAUUCGCCGAGCAGGGAAAUAAGACGAGCGACACGAAGGAAAUGAAGCCCAAGGAGGACAACAUGCCGAUAUUAGAGCCCGAAGUUAACGUAAAUUGCGAUACGAAUCCAGACAGAGAGACAUCCAGGUCGCCGCCGGUCAUUACGAUUCAGGACAACGAAGAUCUCGACAUAGCGGAGUCCAAGUUGGUGGAUGACGAUGUUAUAACGCCGAGUAUUAAAGUUGAGAGCAAUACAAAAAACGUUCAUAAGAAGAGCGAGAUGUCCAUCGUCGAUCUCAUAACUCAAUUAGCUUAUCACGAAAAGGCGACGAUAAAACACAGACGGUACUGCAACCUGUGCGAAAGGUGGUUCCCUACAACGUCGCGGCAUCGACGGCACUUGGCUGGAUACCAACACCGUCACAUGGAAUUGACACAACGUAGAAGCAUUCAUGCAUUAUUCACGCUCUUCACAGGCAAACUCUGCCCCAGGCUAGUACCGACGAAUGUCGCUCGAAGUGAUUGCUCCGUAGGUGAAUUAACGCCAUUACAAAUUGCGGUACAGGAUGUCACAAGGUGUUUCGACCGCACACAACAAAGCCCUAAGAAAGAAAACGACGUUGAUAAAUAAUCUCGAGUAAGUUAUUUGGAUUACAAGCAUAUAAUUACUGUGAUUAUAAUAACGGCUUACAGUGCAAACUUCUACAAAUGUUAUCCGUGAUGAUAAUGAAAGAUGAUACGAAUAUUUUAUAUCGCGGCUGGAUCACAAAACGAUCCAGCUGUCGUUGUUAAUGGCGUCAGCAUCGAAAUUUUAACUGCUAAAUAACGAACGCUUUAAAAGGUUUGCUGAUUUUAGCUAAGUCAACCGAUGUGGAUCAUCAUUAACAAAGAGUUACCCGAGGUACACUUCUAGCUCGCAAUUAGAUGUUUUAGCCAAAGAUUUUAACGAAACUAUAUAAUACACGUUCGAUUGUUUACACUUUUCAAAAGAGACUCUGGUCUUUUAUUUGUACAAAGUUUUACGAGUGAUGUUCAAUCGCUGAAUGUGCUCACACUGCGAAUUUUUAUUUAUGAAGAGACUUAUAUGUAUAAAACACGUAGGUAGAUAUAUACAUACACGCGUACAUAUGGAUAUAAACAUAUAUUUGUCAUUCCAGUUUGCAAAAAUAUGUACACUGGCGACAUUAUGUUAGUGAGGGAUGUAUACGGUUAAAAAAAUUAUAUAAAAAAAGUACACAUAUGGUACAAUUACGUCUCUGAUAAUAGGGACAAUGUGCAAGGAGAAAAAUGAAACAUUCCUAUACAUAUAUAUAUACAUAUAUCUAUAUAUAUGACAGAAUCUGAGCUAUGGGAUAUUUAAAUGAUUUAUCUUGCAUAAUGAAAAGUUUUACUUGAUAACGUUGUUUGCGAUUUCUGCAUAUCGAUUUGUCGAUAUAUUCUCACUGUGUGUGUCGGUGUUAAAAACGCACUCGAAGUGGCUAAAUAUUUUACUUUGUUGUUAAAAAAUUAUCAUUGUUAAAAUUAUCUUCGUCAUAUUUUACUUGAGUGUUAUUUUAUUUGUAUAUUUUAUCCACGUUAUUUUAAAGGUAAUGAUAUUAAAUCAAGUAAAUUGUGAAACACGAAGACCAAAAAUAUACAUAUUAGUAUAUUUGUCUUUUUGUAUAAAGAAAAACUGUCUAUUAUGACAACAUUGUCAUUGCUUUAUUUAUUAAAAUAUUCCAGGUUACGCGGAGUAGCCAAUGUCUCAUAGCUCAUAUUAUAGUUAAUAAUACAAAAGCUGUGGUAAGCGUCAGAAAAGAUUUUGGAGUGGAUCUGCAUCCAGCGUUAUUAGAUAUUGAUGAGUACCUAUAUUGCCAUAACACAGAAGAUCUAUUGAAGCAAAACUCGUGAUAUUAAUAUUAGAAGAAUUUAAAGUGAGCAAGAGUUAAGGCCAAUCUCAAUCUACGCGACAUAAUUUCUUCGUGCAAACGGGCUAAAUUAAACAUACACGUUAUAUCUCAUAAUGUGCGCGGUGUUCAAGUACUGGAUAGUGAUGCUCCGCAUAUGUAUCAACCCCAAAGUCUCUGUUAACACAGGUUCUAUAUGUUACAGUGAUAGUUUCAUCCUCCCUUUUCACCUGUUUCGCACUUGAGUUUUAUGCUGUUUAAAGUACAUUUAAAGCGUGUUUACUUGUAAGGAUAUCAAUUGGAGUAAACGACGUGCAAGUCGAGAAGCUUUGCAUUGUACAUUUUAAUUGAAGUGUGAAAAAGUGUGUAAAGGGUGAAACAAUAUUCCUUAAAGCGCUAGUUCCUGGCUUUAGACGGAGUUUUAAUAAUAUUACUUGUUAAGAGGCUACGAUGAAAUGUUACAUUAAUACAGGGUCGAUCGAUCAUAUUCGGCGAUCGUUUAACACUAUUUCCUAAUUUAUCUUACGGGGUUUAACACAGAGUGAAAGCAUUUUCAUCAAUUCUAGUUCUGGACCAAUUUAACUAAAUACAAUAGUUAGGUGUGUACGUUUAUGAAUUGUUAUUAAAGUUAGAGACUUUGUUUUCUUUAUUUGUUCCAAA